AUCAGCAUGCUUGAGUAAAUAAAGCACAAGAAAGACAGAGACAGAGGGACACAUCAUGUCAGACCGGUCACCUCAGUUGACAUUGUGUGUCUGCUGUGGUUUAUAAUGGGCAGACUGGGGUCCUGUGUGUCACCGCGUGCUACAGACAGGCUCUCACAGGUGCACUAGUCAGACAGGUUCGGACUGGAAACCUUUUGUUCACUUCUUUUGAAGGGUGAUGUAGCCAAUUGGAAAGUUAUCAUGAAGAUAGUCGCAACUGUAGCGCUUCUACAACUGUGUUUAUCUGCGACAGCGGAGGUUUCGGGUAAUGGCUCCACCGAAACGGUGUUGACAGCCGCGUUGGGCGACGUUGUUCUACUUCCGUGUUACGACGUCGGUACUGCAACGCCGACUUUAACGACAUGGAUGAAAGAUGGACGAGAAGUCAUACGAGGUGGUGGCACUUCACCGAGUCCUUCACCUGCCGGUCAGCGGCUCGCAGUCCUACCCAAUGGGAGUCUGAACAUCAACGGGGCGACACCUGGAGAUGAGGGCAUCUACCUGUGCAACUCCACCAUAGGCAACAUCAGCUAUGUGGCACGUGUCGUGCUUCAAGUAGUCAGUGGUCCAGAAAAUGUAUCUAUAUCCAUCGGCCCAGCCACUGCCCUGUCCAAUGGCACACUCAUCGCCUUUCGGGGUACGACCGUCUCCUUUAACUGCUCCGGCCUGUCCCACCCCUCACAGGAACUCCGCUGGUCCUUCACAGGUGCCUCGUCUAACAACGAGUCGCUGGUUGCGACCUCUGAUUCCUGGCUGGGCUUCACAAUAAAAGACAUUCAGCCCAGUGCUCAGGGAGUUUACAGCUGCAGGGCCAACAACACCAUCUCUCACCAGGCUGUCAAUAUGAGCACACAGCUGCUAGUAUACUAUGUUCCAGACAGACAUCCAGAGUGUAUGUGGGUACCAGCACAGGACCCCUCCCACAUCCAGUUCAACUGCACCUGGUUUGGAGCGUAUCCCACCCCGACGCUGCGCUGGGCGGAAGAAAAGGGGGCAGGACACGUCUAUGCAUCUGAGGUGACGGCCAGUCUGUCUGUGACACUGAACCGCUCCGCGCUGCACGACAACCAGACACUGAAGUGCAUGGCCCAGCAUCUAGCACUCGCUGCAGGAAAGAAGAAGUCGUGUUCGUUUACCCUCAAGCCUCCGUAUCCUGAAGGUGAGCCGUUGGCCAUGGCUCAGGAGACGACCAGUGUAACUCUAACCUGCACUGAGACCGCGUCGAUCCCUCCUGCAGACACCACCUGGAGAAAAGGGCUCCAGCAGGAGGUCAUUGUACCUAGUUCGAAGUACGUCUUGUCUGAGGAAGGCCCCGCCUUCAAGCUGACCAUACACAACAUCAGCAAGGACGACGAAGGGAUCUACUUCUGCCGCAGCGAGAACCCCCUCUCUGUCCGUGAGCUGGAAGUCUACCUCACUGUGAGAACCUCUUCUGCAUACACUGGAGCCAUCAUCGGGAUCUUUAUAGCUGCACUGAUCGUGGGAUCAGCCGCUAUCAUAGCUAAAACAGUUUAUUCCAGCCGACACCGAAUUUGCUUGGGUGGUGGCUUUGGGAAUGUGGAGGAGGACAGAGGAGAUGUUCUGAGUUUGGUGGAGUCAGAAGACGAACAUAUCUUUCAAGAUGACGUACCCAGGCUGCCUCCGUUAACCAACGGAUGCCACACAACGCUUGUCCAGAUACAUCGAAUCCCAUCGAGUGAUCAUGAGGAUGCAGAAACUGCUGCUGACACAAGCCCUGAGCAGCAGGAAGAAAGUGUACAGACAGAAGAGCCAGCGGAUCUUGUAACAUUUUAGGUAUUGGGUGUUUUUAGUGUUUUAUUUUAAGAUAUAUAAUAUUUACUCCCAAUGAGAAUGUGAACCGAAUCGGUGGAAGAUUAUUCAUUUGUUAUUUUUUUUAAAACAGGGUUUUGUAAGCUUAUUUCUAUGAUUGAUUUGUUUGUACGUCAUUUUGAAUAUGUUGCUCUGAUAUUGAGAUUCAUGCAGUAAAUGAACAACACAACAAAACGUGU